AUGAGUAGUUAAGAUCUUGAAUUUGUCUAAGAGAAUUUGUAAACUCUUAUCAAAACCGUUUAAGAGCUUUAAAAUUUAUUGUAGGGAAAGGGUAUUGAUUGAUUUACAUUUUUAGAAAACCAAGAUCAAAUUUAAAUAGUAAAUAUUCAUGCAUAAACAAAAUAUAGAAUAAAUAAAAAUGCUCAAAGUUAAUUGAUGCAUUAACUAUCAAAUUUAAAUAAGGUAAAUUCAAUAAAUCUGAAAACAUGACCAUUUAAAUGCUCAAAAAAGAAUUUACUAAGGUACAUUAAAUUUUUAAAUCAGCAAUAAAAUACAUUUAUUGAAAUCACAAAAUCAAUAAGAAAUCCUAAAUAGAUAAAUUCAAAUGAUGGCAAAGAAGUUGAAAUGUAAAAUGCAAGUAACAAUAUUUCUUUUAAUUAAGAGAAACUUAAUGGAAAAUCAACAUAUGUUUAUGAUGAAGAAACCAAUUACGAAGAAGAAGAUUCAGGAGAAAAAGGCCCAAAUUUAGAUUAACUAUCAGAAAUGGAAGUACAUCCAGAUAUUUAACAUAAAGCAAUGUUAAUUUAAGAACAAUAAGAAGAAAUAGAUUGUAUAAUUGUUGAUUCAAUAUUAAAGAAAUCUAAAAAGAUGCCUUAGAAGUUCUUAAGAUCUAAACUGAAGUAGCAUAAGUAGUUGUAGAUUAAGGUAAAAUGUUAGAUGUUGCUGAAAAUAAUAUCAAUAAAUCAAAUACUAAUGUUAAAGAGGCUGUUGUUGAACUAGAAGGAGUAAUAUUAUCUAAUCUAUUUUUAUUUAGGCUAAAGUUGAACAUAAAAAAUAUAUGAAAAAACUUGCAGGAGCUGUAUGCAUCAUUCUAAUUGUUGUAGCUGUUAUUGUAGUUUGUGUAAAGUUGAUUUGA